AUGAAGAGAGAUGGCGAAGAGGCGGAAGGGAGUGGAGAGAAGGUGGAGAAAGAGCAAGCGAUGGAAGGGGACUCCGAAGCAGAGGAGGACGAAGACGACCUGCUGGACUUCGUCGAUGUUUGGGACCACAAGGAUCUCUCUUGUUCGUCCUUCUUUCUGCCUCCCUCGGAGGCCGCGUGGUUCGGGCAGCCUGACCUGGUGCGGCUGCAAAACGCGUUCUCUGGGCGCGUAGGCGCCCAGCGCUGGACACGGCAGGCGCGCAGCGACGCACAGGUCAAACGGGGAGAAGGAGAAGGACGAGACGCGAGGAGUGCUGAGAGGGACACGAAACUGACUGGAAAGCGAGAAGCAAAAGGUGAGGAAAAAGCACGAGAGGGAGCAGAGCAAGGUAGGCACCCCGCAGGGGGGGAACACCUGGAGGGAGAGGAAGGAGCAGCAGAGAAAAGGAGGCAAGAGACGAGACAUAGAGAAGAACGGGGAGGCGAGCGAGAAGAGACGCGUGCGGAGGAACUGGCAAGGCCUACGUCAGUUCAGGUGCCGAUCGUGUCUUGGGCCUGCACGACGAACGGCGCAUGCAGCUGCUCACACAGCGAUCGUCCUCACGCACAGAGUGGGGAGCGAGACAAAGAUCCCACGCAAGUCGCGCAAGAUUACGAGGGAACUCGAGGCGCAGUGACGUCGUCGGGGACCCGGCGCACAGUGCCGUUUGAUGUUUUCCUUCACUACUGGGUGACGAAGCGGGAGAAGGAACAUGAGAUGGAGAAGGCAGAGGAAGCCGGUCAAGAGGCCAGCGAAAAAGCGCAGACCGGAAGGAUCCCUCGGCAGUGGGACUUGCCUGUCAGCCGUGUGAAGUCCGAGAGAGACCAAGCGGACAUAUCCGAUUGCACACCCGCUCUGUCUCCUUUCGUCCGCAAAGAAAGACGUCCAUGUUCUUUUUCCACGAGUCUGGGGGCAUCGCUCUCUCCAGAGGAGAAGCAAAUCGCUGCGGAGCUGUCGCGUUCCGUGUCGCCGUGGUACCUCGCAGACUGGCACUUUGUCGUGGAGGAGCGAAAGGCCCAGGAGAGAGCCGAAGACGAGAAGCCGAGCAGCGAGGCCGACCAAUACCAGGAAACUGGCGUGCCGCUGUGGGGCACGUCCAGUGGAGCGGGUCGGGGCUCGGAGAGGAAACGAACGGAAUCGUCUGAAGAGCUGCAGCUUAGGCUCCAGGAGCCGGCGGCUCGAAGGGGACCCUGGCGAGAGUCUCGAAACUCCGUGGACGAAGUGAACGCAUAUGGAGGCGAGGAAGGGAGGCCAAGCGAACUGCGCAGGGAGUCCUGGUCGCCAGAACGUCACACCGAAGGCGAAGAGUCUCACCUCUACUUCGCCUCGCAAUUCUACCAUGUCCCCACGUUCUUCCAAGACGACUGGUUUCUCAAGUGCCCGAUUCGGUCCGGGGAGGACUACCGCUUCGCCUACCUCGGCCCGCGGGGAACGCGCACGCCGUGGCACAGCGACGUGCUCGGAACUAGCAGCUGGUCGGCCAACGUUUGCGGGAUCAAGCGCUGGGUGUUUGAGCGCACGAAGCGGCGUGCAGCCGGGCGUCUGCAGCUUCCCGCGGUGUCGGCGCCGUCUUCAGAACCUUCCUCUGCGUCGUCUGUGUCUUCACCGGCAGCCCCGGGCUCGUCCUGUUGUCCUGUGGGUCUUUCCUCUUCUCGCGGUUGCCCGAUGUGCAGAGACAAGACUCGAGAAGGCGUGAGCGGAGCGCGGAAGAAGGGCGCAGCGCAUGCACCAGCGAAACGCAGAGAGGCUCCAGCCGCGUCGCAGCCGUGCAGCACCUGCGGGCGAAGCCACCGGCGCGGCCGAGAGCGUGGCCGUCUCUCUCCGUCGCGGCCUUCGCCGGCGAUUUGUUCGCCUUCUGCCCCCGCGUCUUCGUCUUUGCCUUCCCCCGAGGGGUGCUCUUCUCCCCCUUCGCCUUCGGCGGUGACUCCUUCUCUGGCUUUGUGUCCCCGUCCUCUCGACGCCCUUCUGCAGUUUCCCGGCGAGUGUAUCUACGUCCCCUCGCACGUGCACCACCGCGUGUGCAACGUGACGGACUGCAUAGCUCUCAAUCACAACUGGUGCAACGCUGCCAACAUUCUCCACGUCGCCGAUGCCCUGAAGGAGGACCUCUCUGACGUACGGUCGUUUCUCAUGGAGGAUUUUCCCGAUGCCCGCCCUGUACUGCUGAGCCUUGUCUCGCCUCACUCGAAAGAGUCCCAGCCGGACGACCUGCCUGAACAGGCACAAGAGGGCAGCCAGGCCUUGCAGUCUCUGUCUUGUGCAUUCGCGGUUGCGGCUGCUUCGUCUGUUCCUGGGACCUCUGGUUCUCAGCGCUGCUGCUCUGGUUCCUCUGCGUCUCCGGCACUAGGUUCAGCCCUCCCUGAAAAGCCGCCCGGCGGAGAGACGCACAAACGGAUCCCCGUGUGCGAGAUCUGCGGACGCGGUGCGUCUCUGCCUUCUGUUUGGGAGCGCGAAAACGGAAAGGGCGAAGCCCGCGAUGAGAAAGUCAAACUCGGUUCCCCAUCUCUGUGCGAUAGGGGCCCGUCUGCAAGUUCCAGGGAAGUAGACGAAGCGUGUGUGGUUCACAAUAAAGAAGAUCCAACUGUCGGCCUCAGCGCCCACGAAAAAAGCGGUGGAGCACGCGAGCGGUCGGGUGAGACUGCCAAAGCGAGGCAAGAGACAACACCACCAGACUGCGUGCGGCGAGAGGACACCACAGACGGGGACUGGGCGGGCGUCGGUCCUUCGUGCGUCUGUGUCCUCACCCAUAGGGCUCUGAGGCGAAGAGGGGUUCUAAGGAAGGAGCGAGAAGGGGAGACAGGAGGUCAGAAGGAAGGAGAGACUCGACAGCGGGGCGAUUGCCCCGAAACGACACUGAGGCGAGCAACGCGCUCGUACGCAGAGCUGGUGAUGUGCGAAGAAAGGGUUUUGUCUGCAAAUUGUGGAGUCACGUUCUUUGACUUUUUCUUCUUCCUUCUCAAUGUCGCCCGCACGCUGCUCCUCCCGAGACUGCGGAGAUACAUAAGAAUGCAAUGCAUGCAUUCUCCGCACAGACUGCCAGGAGAUGGGACAACUGCAAAGGACGAGCGUCGUAGUGACAGCGGUCCAGUCCUUCCAAACGUGUUUUCUCACCGACCGACAAGCAUCGAAGGGCAUGCGGUCACGGACUCGUUGCCUCCGCGCCCUGGCUCGGCUGCCGUCGAUCGCGACCCCACAGAGGCGCUGCCGUCAAACGAAGGAAGAGACGCAGAGAGGCGGGGCGAUGGAGAGGAGCGCAGGAAGGACAGAGAAGCAAGACCGGGAGACGAGGAGGAACCAAGGGACGGGGGCGAAGGAAGCAUGAGGCUCGCGGGAACCGGGAAGAAGCAGCCGGAACAAGAGGCGCAACCAGCGAGGGAAAGAGAGAUAAGGCACCAGAGGGGGGAGGAUCAGGAGCCUACAGCUGCGGGGAUCGAAACAGAUCGAACCAGGGGAAGUGAAGCGGGGACAGCAGCGAACCAGUCGGAGACAGAAGGGAAGCAGAACACGGUUUUGCGGUGGACCUUCGACAUUCUUGGGGCUCUCCGGGUGUCGCUACUCCUUCGCGCUCUGUACCGUGAAGGGUAUGUGGCAUUCAUUACCCGAGCCCAGGUGGAACUGAGAAAGCAUGAAAACGGAGACGCAAUGUCGAAGACCGCCAGCACGCAAAACGGCGACGGUUCACCUAGAGGCGAGACGGGAAAGCUGACCGGGUUGCCUUCCUGGCUGGUCGGGGAUGCAGGCUCCGUGCCUUCUCUCUCCAGUGAAGUGGCGAAGGCGCAACUCGACUUUAUGCUUCGCGCGUCUCGUUCAACUCGACACUCGGGAGCUCCAGAUGUAGUCGGAAGAGAAGAGCGUGAAUACGGAAGGCAGGAGUCAGAACGUGAGGCAGGCACGACAGCGCACGGAGGAUUUCUCGCUAUCGAAGAGUAUCAUUUGACAGUGCAAGAGUUGCUUGCUGCAGUCCUUGCUCUGCGCCAAGUGCUGCAGGCCAGGAAAAACGGCACUGAAGACGAAACAGUUAACUGUCUUCGCAGAUUGACUCUGGCAGGCACAGAGAGCCCGUCCUCUGUAGCAAAAAGCUGCGCUGAUGCUGAUGGCAUUCCAGAGCGCUCCCGCAAGACGUCGUGCCACCGUCAGCUCCUAGAGGAACUGCAGGGCCAUGUUAACUGUGCUAAGGUCUUCUUGGAGCAACAUGUCAAGUUUGGCACUCCGUAUGUGCCGGGCAGCAGCGAUAAUGCGGAUCCAUGCAAAUCCACGCGAUCGCUCUACAUGAAAUGCAUGCAGGAAAGGAAAGUCCAAGGCCUCGAUGGCGAUAAGGUCGCCCUCAGCCUCGCUCAGCUUUCGGGGCCGCCCAAGCCCUGCGAGAUGGAGCUGUCCAUGCACGGGACAUGUGUUGCAAACCAGCUGGAACGCACACAGAAACUGGGUGAGAAGUACUGGACCCAGGGAGGCGAGGACAAAUGCUUAGUCACCCGAGCAAACUACGAGCAAUGUAUGUUUCGGUCAUUGCGCGGAGAUACUGAUUCCGGAAACUCUUCGUGGCAGACGGCUGAUCUGGAGAAGAACAUCGGCCAUCUACAAGUCAAUCUGCCCAACAAGUAA